CCCGCCACUGAGUGGAUGCCGAUUUCGCAAAGCCUAGGCGCGCCUGCACUGUCAGCAGUGUUGACUCUUGCGAAAAAAAACCCAGUGGUGGGGGAUGGAUUUGCAAUCAACGAUUGAUUCCCAUCCACCACUUGAUUUGCGCAUCUCCGGCCUCGCGGAAUACAAGGAGAAAGCAUAAGUCGUCCACAAACAAGACAAGCUCUCUCCCAUCGUUUUCAUACUCAUACUUGGACCAACGGCUUGUGUCCUCGCACCUCUCUUACACCCCGCUACGUUGCGACUCAUACUUCUUCUCGUCGACUUCUCUAUCGCAUCGCAUCCACGCAUUGCCCCGCCAUCUUCGACAUCCCGCCUCCCCUCCUUUCCCUCCCACUCCCCCUCCCUCCUUCAAUCUCUCUACGCUCACGACACUUCGACCAAAAAAAUCCUCCAAGAUGAGCGCAAUACUCUCCGCAGACGACCUAAACGACUUCAUAAGUCCAGGCGUAGCCUGCAUAAAACCAAUCGAGACCCUCCCCUCCGCGCCCCCGCCGCCCCCCCUCGACGCCUCCCUCGAACACGAAGUCAUCCUCGACGGCCAACCAAACUCCAACAACACCGCAGCAAGCAAUGCGCCCCCCGCCGAAAUCUCCCUCACAGACUGCCUCGCCUGCUCAGGCUGCGUCACCUCCGCCGAAGCCGUCCUCGUGAGCAUGCAAUCCCACACCGAGGUCCUCAACACCCUCGACUUCGGCCCGUCCCUCCGCAUCGUCGGCCCGGACCCGACCACGGGCGAGUUCCGCGUCCAGGGGCUCGAGGACGAGAGCAGGAUGCUCUUCGUGGCGAGCGUCUCGCCGCAGACGAGGGCGAGCCUGGCCGCUGCCGCGGGCGACGGCACGACGGAGAGGCAGGCGGGGUAUAUGCUGGACGCGCUCUUCAGCGGCGAGCAAGGUCUCUGCCAGCGGGGAAAGCAUGGGAACGGGUUCACGUGGGUGUUGGAUACCAACGUCGCGCGCGAGGCCGCAGCAACAGCAGCAGCAGGCGCUUCGCCGUCUCCAUCACCAUCGACCCCAGCGACCAAGCCGAUCCUCACGUCGUCGUGUCCCGGGUGGUGUGCUACGCCGAAAAGACGCACCCUACGUCCUCCCGCACCUGUCGCGCGUGAAGUCGCCCCAGGCGCCUGCGGGCACCUCCUCAAGACGACGCUGAGCAAGAAGCUUAGGAUCCCGCCCAGCAGGAUCUGGCAUCUGGCCGUCAUGCCGUGUUUCGACAAGAAGCUCGAGGCCAGUCGCGAGGAGCUCACGGAUUCGGUGUGGGGUCCCGACGGGGACGGGAAGCCCGGUAGAGGGGUCCGCGACGUGGACUGCGUUAUCACGAGCAAGGAGGUCCUCAUGCUGGCCGAGUCAGGGAAAAGUUCCUCUUCCCGCCGUGGAGCCCACCGCUCGUCCGUAGCCGCUGGCUCCUCCGGCGGCAACCUCUACUUCACCCUCCAGACCGUGGCCUCCAAGCACCCCAACUCUCAGAUCCAAGUCAUCCGCGGCCGCAACGCCGACGUCGUCGAGUUCGUCGUCGCUUCCGCCACGGGCGACCCUAUCUUCAAGGCUGCGCGGUACUACGGCUUCCGCAAUAUCCAGAACCUGGUCCGAAAGCUGAAGCCGGCACGGCCGUCCCGGAUGCCCGGCGGCAAGGCGUUCGGCGCCGCUAGGAGACCCACGGGAAAGUCCGCUGGGCUCGAGUACGCCUACGUCGAGGUCAUGGCCUGCCCCGGCGGCUGCACCAACGGCGGUGGGCAGAUCAAGGUGGACGACCCGAUCGUCGUGGAGCGCAAGGGUUACGAGAGCAAGCCGGGCCCGCUCGAGCAGAAGGAUUUCCUGGCCGAGGUCGACGAGGCCUACUUUUCAGCAGAGGACUCUGACGGCGAGGAGAGCAAUGGUAUUACUCAAAAUGGUGACGGUCUGCAAGUAGCAGACGACGUUGUUGACGGAAUUUCGCCUUCACAUCGAGAUACCCUAGCGCAUUGGGCGGAUUGCACUGGCAUAGACUUGGGUAGACUGGCCCUCACCACGUAUCGCGAGGUGGUCAGCGACGUGGGCAAGGACAAGGCUAGCGACACGGAGCGCGUCGUUCAGCUGGCGGGAAAGAUUGGCGGAGGCUGGUAGUCUUUU